GUUGAAACCUGCCCAUUUGCUGAGGAUGGGCGCUGUUUGUGGCAUUCAUGUCAAUCUGCUCGAGGCAGCGAAGUGGGGGCACCUUGCAAACGUUCAAAGGUUCCUGGACAAUGGUGCCGAUGUCAAUAUGAGAGAUAAGAGGCAACGGACGCCGCUCCACUGGGUCUCCAUCAAUAGACAAUUGCACGUCGUCAACCUGCUGGUCGAGAGAGGCGCUAACUUGAAUGCACCCGAACAAAGAUUGUGGACGCCCCUCCACUUUGCCGCACAGAAUGGCCACGAAGAUGUCGUCCAGAUGCUGCUCGAAAAAGGCGCCAUUGUCGACGCAACUGACCAAAGAAUGUGGACGCCACUUCACAUUACCUCACAGCAAUGCCAAGUGGGCAUCGUCAAGAUGCUGGUUGAAAAAGGUGCCAAUGUCAACGCAAUCGAAGAAAAGGGAUGGACGCCCCUCCACAUUGCGUCCCAGAAUGGCCACGUGGAUCUCAUCAAGUUUCUGGUGGAGAAUGGUGCCAAUGUCAAUGCAUCGGGAAAUGGAGGAUCGACGCCACUCCACAUUGCUUCAAGGAAUGGCCACGUCAAAGUAGUCGAGGGGUUGUUGGCGGCUGGGGCCGACUUGUUCGCGACAACCAUGAACGGGUGCACUCCUCUAGUUCUUGCUGUCAUUAGCCGUCACGUGGCGGUCGUGAGUGCCCUGAAACUCGGUGCACAGAAUCAUCCUGUGACAUGUUUUUGCGCUGGCGACUACUCCUUGGCCGAGAAACGAGCGACUGUUUUCAUCACGAUGUUGAAGCUCGACAAGUCUGCGUUCGCUUGGAUUGGAGAUUGUUUACUCCAACAGAGCAAGCACGACGAGGCCAAAGCUGCGUUUCUUCAUGGUCUGGAAAAGAAUCCCGCCGACAAGGACUGUGCGUUGGGACUGGCGAUUGUUCCCUUUCCAGCUCCAGAGGCCGAAGCCUUCACACCGGAUACAGGGCGACAACUGGACCACAACGAGUGCGUGAUCUGCAUGGACAAGCCCCGCACCGCCGUAUGCAUCCCAUGCUGCCACUUGGCGGGAUGCUACAACUGCCUUCUUGUCGUUCAAAAGAAGGGCGGAUGUCCAAUAUGCCGAAGUACCAUUGCCGCUGUAAUUCGCGUGUACACUUGCUAAUGGCCUGGCCACCAGUAUAACAGUCCCUGCGCAAGCUUUAUUCGCGCCGGGAGCGUCCUACAGCAGUAAUUUGGUCGUGUCGUGGCUAUUGACCUCUAUGAUUGCCGCGACACCAGCCGAAGACACUUGUAACAUGAGAGAUCUCUGAUUCUUAAGUUAG